CAUGAAUUGAAUUAGUGAAUGUAAGAGUAGAUAUUUACGCAUUUCCUGGCUACCAUUUUACAUUAUUAGUGGCAGUUAAUUUACAAUACGGAUCUGUGAGUUGUUGUUCGUGAGCGUGUGUCAAGCUGUUCAACGACAUUCCAGUGUCAAAAUACUCUGGUAACGGAAUGCGGACAGCGUCUGUUGUAUCCAUGGCAACUCAGACUCUCCAAUACUGCUUACUGGGAUUGGUUAAAAAUAGUGAAAAAAUUAGCAUUGGUUUUUCUUAUUUGCUUAAGCAGGCGCGUCUGCUGUUUCAAGAAUAAAAACUAUGUCGUCCAUAUCCCCGACUUAGGAUAUUAAAUAUACAAAAAUAUACGCCGUUCAAAUCAACUGUCUGCGGUUAGUUUGACGAAGGCAGAACCACUGGAUACUCAUGGAAACAAGGGGGGGAAACUGAAAAUGUCCAAUUCCAUUAAAAAAGUGAGGCAAGGAGAAAAAUUGCCCCUGAAAUCCAGAGGAAUCCAGAGCAAGGCAUCUCAUGAUCUCAGGAGGCUUCAGUCCCUGCUUGUCAAAAGCAACCCCAGACAAGAGGUGGCAGCGUUGAGUCACAGUAAAGCACGCAGCGGUGGAGCCAGCAGAUCACAAGGCCCGCAUCCCACAAAAGACACGAACAGACACAGGAGUGAGAGCGACAUCGCCAGUGAAGCCUCUGAACUGGAAAAAUUUAGCAUCACAUACAAAGACCAAAGAUGUUUCAGCAGCCACCCGCUGCAUUCACUGUUCUCCAACAUCCUUGUGUCUUUGGUCAAGAACCGACUCUGCAGUGAAUGGCUUGACCAUGCACCUCCUGAGUCUGUCCUUAGAGUUCUGAUUUGCCUGCGAUUAUUGAUAAGAGAUCCCCAUCAUCAGAAAAUUCUUCAUCAGCUCCAAGGUAUCAGUUUACUCUCCAAGUAUAUGGAGUCUGUACUCACCAGUUACAUAUCUUGUGGUGAACAGACAUUUGCUGUGCAGAAGCUGGUCACGAUGACCUACAUGUUCCAGAAGCUGUCUGCUGUUGAAGACCAGAGGGUCUGGGUCAUCGAGAGCGGCGCUCACAGGACCCUGGCGAAGCUCCUCACAACAACCGAUAGCAGUGUGCUGCUGGGAGCCCUGCUGGCACUCACCACUUUGGCUGAGAGCCCAGAAUGCAGGGAGAAGAUUGGAGAGCUGCUGAUUGUGGAGAACCUACUUAUAAUACUGCAGGAAUAUGACCUGCUCUCAAAGAGAAUGAGUGCGGAGCUGCUGAGGCUCCUGUCCCAGGUGUGGCAGGUGAGAGUCCAGGUGAGGGAGCUGGAGGGUCUACCGGUGCUGCUGAGCCUGCUGUACGGCCAUCACCUGAAGCUGCUCUGGAGCAUCGCGUGGGUCCUGGUCCAGCUCUGUGAGGAUCCCGACACCAGGACGGAGAUCCGGAGCUGGGGUGGUGUGCAGCAGCUUCUGCGGCUGCUCACCAGUGACAGGCAGUACGUCUCUGACCGCUCGUCCAUCGAGGCGCUCUCCAGCGCCAACGCAGCCGGCCGCAUCCAGAGAGAGCACAUCAGGGAGGAGCUGAGCCCACAGGAGGAGGUGGACAACACUGUGGCCCUGCAGUCAGCCUGCUGUGCUGCUCUGACUGAGCUCAGUCUGGAUGACACAUCGGCUCAUCACAUUGUGCAGGAAAAUGGAGUCUAUAUAAUCGCAAAGUUGAUUUUACCACAAAACUCUGGAGCAAUGGUUGCAUCUUUACAGGGCUAUGCGUUUCGGACCCUGCGGUUUCUCUUUAGCGUGGAAAGAAACAGACAUCUUUUUAAGAGACUCUUUCCCACAGACCUUUUUGAGUUGUUUAUUGACGUUGGACACUACGUGCGGGACCUCGCAGCCUACGAGGGACUUCAAACCAAAGUUUCACUCUACACUGAAGAAGAACUGGUCAGUCUGAGAGAGAGCGUCGAGGCUGUGGACCAGAACCGACUUCCCCUAAAAACCAUCAAUGGUUUCUCCAUACUGGACCACCUGGGCACCGGGGCCUUUGGAAGCGUCUUUAAAGUCCGUAAGCAGAGUGGCCAGAACCUCCUGGCGCUGAAGGAGGUGAAUCUCCAUAACCCGGCAUUUGGAAAAGACAAGAAGUCCAGAGACAGUAAUGUGGAGAAGAUCAUCUCUGAGCUCACGAUCAUCAAAGAACAGAUGACGCACCCAAACAUAGUCAAAUAUUACAAAACAUUCUUGGAAGGCGACAGGCUGUACAUUGUGAUGGAGCUGAUCGAGGGAGUGCCGCUGGCUGAACGUUUGAAUUCUCUGAAGGAGAAGCGGCAGCAGUUCACAGAGGAGAGAAUUUGGAAUAUUUUCAUCCAGCUGUGUCUGGCGUUGCGGUACCUGCACAAAGAAAAGAGAAUAGUCCACCGCGACCUCACGCCCAACAACAUCAUGGUGGGGGAAAAGGACAAAGUCACCAUCACUGACUUCGGCCUCGCUAAGCAGAAACAGGAGAACAGCAAGCUCACAUCAGUGGUCGGCACCAUCCUUUACUCCUGUCCGGAGGUGGUAAAGAACGAGCCGUACGGAGAGAAAGCCGACGUCUGGGCUUUGGGCUGCAUCCUCUACCAGAUGGCCGCUUUACAGCCUCCGUUCUACAGCAGUAACAUGCUGUCGCUGGCAAGCAAGAUUGUCGAGGCCGUCUAUGAGCCGAUCGAAGAAGGAGCUUUCUCAGAGAGACUCAAUGACAUGAUCAGAUGGUGUUUGAGUCCAGACGCAGACCAGCGGCCUGACAUUGUGGCCGUCGGCUCCAGGAUCUCCGACCUCAUGAUGAGGCUGAUGGACGGCCUCUUCACUUCCCAGAAUGCACUGGAAAGAAGAGCGGAGAGAGACAGGAAGCGGGCGCAGCGGUACUUCCUGGAAAGACACAAAAGCAGGACGAACUGCAGUCACUCAAACCUGUUGUACGAAGAGGGAAAAUCGUUAAUCAGUGCUGAAUCUCCAUCUCCAAACCGCAGAGAGCAGAUUAUCAGUCAAGAUGAUACCUCAGAUGCCGAUACUGAACCCUGUGAAACCAAAAUCAACACGACUGCCUUCCCUGGAAAACACUACGGAUUCAAGUCCAGUGGCUGUGUUCCACCAGACCAACUGCUGUCGGGUGGGGACCGCGCUGCUGCAAAGACCAAACCAAGACCAGUGUCGGCGGGGAUCUGCGUCUCCCAGAAGAAGGUUCGGCAGAUUGACGAUCCAAUUCAGAGGCUCCUCGUGCAGCUGCACAAGAUCGUCUACAUCACUCAGCUUCCACCAACGCCGCACCACAACAUCAAACGACGGGCCAUUGAAAGAUUUAAAAAGUCUCUGUUCCACUGUGGGAGCGACCCAUACAACCUGAAGGUGGAGCUCAGCAAGCUCCUCCAGGCUUCUCCAGAGCAGAUGGAGUCAGGCUCAACCAGUUCAGACUGGCUUCCUCUGGUCCCUCACUUCACAGGAGACCCCCAUGCUGCUGACAGCUCAGGUGACGGGAAUCUCAGAGAUGGAGUCACCUAUCAGCAGAUGCAGGUCAGUGUCUCUGACCAAGUGAUCUGGAUUUUUAUUUCCCCCACAUGUUCAUCAUUAUUUAACAACUUUUUCAGUUUCACUGAUUCAGUUUCUAGCCGAGAGUUUGACGUGACGAUCGACGCCGGUCUCAUCUUUAUCUGUUAAAUAUGAAGCUCCAGCCAGGAGCUCAGCACAAAGACUGGGAGCAGGAGAAAACAGGAAACACUUCAAACACAUAACACACAACGUGUUAUCUUUUUAUAUGGAUUACAAAACAAAAAAGAAAAUGAAGAAGAAAUGCUGUGCACAUUUUGGUACGUUUGGGCCGAGCCGGACGAGCCGUUUGCCUCUGCUUCCGCUCUUUGUGCUAAGCUAAGCUAUCUGGCUCCCGGCUACUGGGUCGCAUUUACCACACGUGAACGAAAGCGGUAUCCGUCCUCUCAUCUAACUCUUUUCUUCUAACUCUUUGGAUAUGUAGCACCCUGUAACAGUAGGUGUCACUUUCUCCACUCGCAGCCAUAUUGAGGCGAAGUGACGUCCUGCGCAAAUCUUCCU